CCUUCUUCACCAGCCUCAACUUCAUUUCUCAGAAGGUCUGGGCUGUGUUGUGCUGCAACAGCCAUGGCACCCAAAAAGAACAAGACAACCAAAAAGAGUAAAGGAGACAUAAAUGAAAUGACCAUCAUGGUUGAGGACAGCCCCAUCAACAAGAUCAAUGGGCUGAACACCCUCUUAGAAGGAGGAAAUGGCUUCAACUGCAUUUCAACUGAAGUGACCGAUUCAGCCUAUGCACCAAACCUCCUGGAAGGAUUGAGCACCAUGAGGCAAGACAGUUUCCUCUGUGAUCUGACGGUUGCAACCAAGUCAAAGUCAUUUGACGUCCACAGGGUUGUCAUGGCCUCCUGCAGUGAGUACAUUCGUAACAUCCUGAAGAAGGAUGCAGCCCUUCAGAAGAUUGAGCUUAAUGACCUUUCACCUGUCGGGCUCGCCACAGCAAUCACAUAUGCAUACUCUGGAAAGCUCACCUUGUCGCUGUACAGCAUUGGCAGCACCAUUGCCGCAGCCAUGCUGCUGAAAAUCGGCACCUUAGUGAAGAUGUGCAGCGAUUUCCUCAUGCAGGAGCUGAGUGUUGAGAAUUGCAUGUAUGUGGCCAAUAUCGCUGAUGCCUACGACCUCAAAGAAACCAAAGUAGCAGCGCAGAAGUUCAUGAGGGAGAACUUCAUUGAGUUCUCUGAGAUGGAGCAGUUCCUGAAGCUCACCUAUGAGCAGAUCAGUGAUUUCCUCUCAGAUGAUUCCCUGCAGCUCCCCUCUGAGGUCACAGCCUUCCAGAUUGCCAUGAAAUGGUUGGACUUUGAUGAGAAGAGGCUGAAGUAUGCAGCAGAUCUCCUGACACUCAUCCGCUUUGGCACUAUCUCUGCUCAAGACCUGGUGAAUCAUGUCCAGAGUGUCCCCAGAAUGAUGCAAGACUCCGAGUGCCACCGUCUCCUUGUUGACGCCAUGAAUUACCAUCUGCUGCCAUACCAACAGAAUAUCCUUCAGUCACGCAGAACAAAGGUACGCGGUGGCCUCAAGGUGAUACUCACAGUCGGUGGACGCCCAGCCUUGACAGAGAAAUCUCUCAGCAAAGAGGUCCUCUACAGGGACUCUGAUAACGUGUGGAAUAAGUUGACAGAAAUGCCAGCUAAGAGCUUUAAUCAGUGUGUGGCAGUCUUGGAUGGCUUCCUGUAUGUGGCAGGUGGUGAGGACCAGAAUGAUGCAAGGAACCAGGCAAAACAUGCUGUCAGCAACUUCUGCAGGUAUGACCCCCGGUUCAACACUUGGAUUCAUCUGAGCAACAUGAUCCAAAGGCGCACCCACUUCAGCAUCAACAUCUUCAAUGGCCUCUUGUUUGCUGUUGGAGGGCGAAAUGCUGAUGGUGUUCAGGCCUCUGUUGAGUGCUAUGUGCCAUCCUCCAACCAAUGGCAAAUGAAGGCACCAAUGGAGGUGCCCCGUUGCUGUCAUGGCAGCUCUGUCAUUGAGGGCAAGAUCCUUGUGUCUGGAGGUUACAUCAACAAUGCCUACUCUAGAGCCGUGUGUUCUUAUGACCCGUCCACUGACACCUGGCAGGACAAGACCAGCCUGAGCACACCUCGAGGUUGGCAUUGCGCUGCCACAGUGGGAGACCGCGCCUACGUCAUCGGCGGCAGUCAGUUGGGAGGACGUGGGGAGAGGGUAGAUGUCCUGGCUGUCGAAUCAUACAACCCUCAGAAUGGGCAGUGGAGCUACUGUGCGCCUCUUCACACAGGAGUGAGCACAGCUGGUAUUUCCAUUUUGAACAGCAAGGUGUAUGUCCUGGGAGGCUGGAAUGAAGGUGAGAAGAAGUACAAGAAAUGCAUUCAGGUUUACAACCCUGAUCUCAAUGAAUGGACUGAGGAUGACGAAUUGCCAGAAUCUACAGUAGGCAUUUCGUGCUGUGUCGUCACCAUACCUACAAGGAAAACACGAGAGUCUAGAGCCAGUUCAGUUUCCUCCGCACCAGUCAGUAUAUAAGCAUUCUGAUCAUAGGAACGAUGCAGUUUACAUGUCUAAAGGUCUCCAGCUUGUCUGUUGCAUACAUAUAAACUCUACUAAUGGUCCUUCUCUGAGGGCUAAGAGGAUCAGUUUAAAUGGUCAUCCAUUUUUCUCAGAUGAGCCAAAAUUAUUAAAUUAUAAAAUAACAGCAAAUGAGGCGAAUUUAAGCCAGAGCUGGCAAAAGAAAAACCUAUUGGAAAUCUAUAGUUUAAUAAUUAGUAUAUUUGACAUUGUUAAUUAUAUAUAAUGUUUUAUGGUAGAGACAAACUGGGCAUAUCAAUGUGUUUUACACCAAUUUUAUAAUCUUUAGACAGAAAUUUCCCUUUGGGGCCAAUUCAGAUGGGAUAAUUUCAUUAGCCCUUUUUCUUUAGCAUAUAAAAUGUUCUUUAAAGCUCAAAUAAAAUAAAUUAAAAUGAGAAUUGAUAGUUAUUGAAAUGAAUCUCUCUUUUUUUUACCCAGUGCCAUGAAAUUAAUAAUACUGUGUUGUUUGUUCACAUCACAUAUAUUGAUAUUGAGGGAUUUUGUGACAGUCCUAAUUAAGGUGACUUUAGCUACUGUGAUUCUCAGAUACUUGAACGUAACAAGGUGCGGCAAAAAGCUGGAGCUAGAAUAUAAGUUGGCAUCACCUACCAGGUGUAGGUGUGUAAGUUUAGUGUUUUAACACACUUCACAGUGAGGCUGCAGUUUCUCUAUAUGUGUCUCAUGU